AAGUGUCUUAGCAACAGAAUCCCGUCCUUCUUGCCAUCAUGCAUGCAGCGGUUUGCCGCUCUCGGGAACUAAAUCAGACGAGACAGGACCAAGGAGGGGUCCAGCCAACAGUUUGGGCUCCUCGGCUACUCCCACCCCUGCUCCCCGUGUCUGGUUCUCAUAGCCUUGCUUUCCCAGCUUUGCUGUCGGGCUGUGGCUGCUCUGUGCGCUCACUGUGACUUUGGGCUAGAGUAGAAGUAAAAGGCUCAGGGAGGGUCCCUGUGCGCCUGGAUAAAAAUUAUGGGCCCCAGAACCUGAAAGAAGGCGGGUGUUGGACGUCUAGGGGCGGGGACAUGGGGCGGAGGAGCUUCUCCUUGAAUCUUAGUCUGUGGGCUGCGGGCGGGCGACUCCCGACAGAAGCAGGGGUGGCUAGCGGGUCUGGCUGGCCGUGCAUGCAACUCUUUUCGUUCCCCUGCCGGUUCUUUAGGAUUGGAAAUCACAGCUGUUACGAAAGGCACUAGGGUGCCACCUACGCGCUGAUGCCCCGAGUGCUCACAGGGCUUCCAGCUAACCAUGCUGCACCUACCUUGGCGCUGCCCCUGCUACUACUAUUACUGGUGGUGGUGUGGACCCCGCUCCCCGUUAGCGCGGGGCGGGGCACCGAUUACCUGCGGCGAGGCUGGCUGCGGCUACUAGCCGAGGGCGAGGGCUGUGCUCCCUGCCGGCCAGAAGAGUGCGCUGCGCCGCGGGGCUGCCUAGCAGGUCGGGUGCGCGAUGCGUGCGGCUGCUGCUGGGAAUGCGCCAACCUGGAGGGCCAGCUCUGCGAUCUGGACCCCAGCGCCAACUUCUACGGGCGCUGCGGCGAGCAGCUCGAGUGCCAGCUAGACUUGGGCGGUGACCUGAGCCGAGGAGAGGUGCCGGAGCCGCUGUGCGUCUGUCGCUCACAGAGCCCACUGUGUGGUUCCGACGGCCAUACCUACGCGCAGAUCUGCCGCCUGCAACCCCAGAUCGUGUCUCAGCCUCACAAUAUUUGGAAUGUGACCGGGCAGGAUGUGAUCUUUGGCUGUGAGGUGUUCGCCUAUCCCAUGGCCUCCAUCGAGUGGAGGAAAGAUGGCUUGGACAUCCAGCUGCCAGGGGAUGACCCUCAUAUCUCUGUACAGUUUAGGGGUGGACCUCAGAAGUUUGAGGUGACUGGCUGGCUACAGAUUCAGGCUUUGCGGCCUAGUGAUGAGGGCACCUACCGCUGCCUUGCCCGGAAUGCCCUUGGCCAAGUGGAAGCCUCUGCUACUCUGACAGUGCUCACAGUGGACCAGCUGAACGCCACAGGGUUCUCCCAGCUGCAAUCAAUGAAUCUGGUUCCUGAGGAGGAGGCAGAAAGUGAAGAGGAUUACUACUAGGUCCAGAUCUCUGAUUUGGGAGUGAGGGUGUGUGGAUAGAGUAUCCACCCCUGCUGUGGAGAAGCUGUGGAGAAGACUGGAAAGGGCGAGCAGCGUCCUCUCAUGGAUUGUUUGAGGCUCCUUGUAGCCUCAGUUUGCCUUUCCUCCAAACCCAUCUCCCAGAAGCUUUCCACCUCACCGAGUUCCUAGGGCACUUACUAACCACAGUCCUUUCUUGUGUGAGCACAGUGGGACUAACUCAGUUCAGUGCAGCGAGAGGGGUGGGGCAACCCCAUGUCUUGAACCAUUGUAGUGGACAAAGCCCACCUAGCAUAUGACUAGACACAGUGGGCAGUAAUAAAAAAUAUAGACAAACUGAGCCACACUGCUGCAAACAGUUCUCACCGAUAUGCACAUAGAGACCGGACACCCCUGAGUGGCCUCCUACUUCAGGACUGCAAGCCCUAAACACAGGCCUGCUUUGUGAGAGAAGGCUUGAGCUCAGGCCUAUACUGCCCCCUCCUGUCCUCUAAGGAGGGAGUCUAGUUGGAGGGAGGACCACAGUUACUUCAAUCUCCCCAAGCCCCACCCUCCUACCCAGUUGGUAUAGGGAUAGAUUACCUAUAUAUCAGUCCUUAUUCUUGUGUUCCUCCUCCCCAGGCAGAGUGGGGAACCAGGUCUAUGCGAGUGGGACCCCAAAAUGAAUGCUUACACUGAGUGGUUGGGGCACCCGUGUUAGCCACACCCCUCCUCUGCUCCCUUCCCAAGUCCCAGUUGAACCCAAAGUCGUAGUAUCCUAUUUCCAACUGUCUCAGUUGUGAACUGCCUUAUCUUAUUUGAAGUCCUUUACCACAG